CUGGUCCCCGGGUCCUCAGCCUGGGAUCACCCCUGGAGAAGGACCCCGGAGACCUCGGCGUCCAGCCCGUGCCCCGAGGCAGGGCGGCGAAGGGGUUAAGUUCCCGGGGGCUGGAGUUCGCCUGAGGGUUUUUGCGGACCCCAGAGCCGGUCCUUGGGAGACGGGGCAGCCCUGAGCUCUGGGAUGGAGCCCGAGACCGUGCUAUGGGGCCCAGAUCUGCAGGAUCCGGAACAGAGCCCCAGCACUGCUCACAGAGGUGCUGAGAGUGGGAACGAAGAGGCGAGCCCCCAGCAGGAAAGUUCUGGGGAGGAGAUCAUCCUGGGAGAUCCAACUCCGAGUCCAGAAUUCAAGGACCCACAAGAAGUGCCCCUGGAGAGAUCCUCCCAGGACCCUUCGGCCCCCCAGGACUCCCUCACCACAGCGGGUCACCGCAGCCCUUUGAACUCCCCUACCCCUGACGUCGUCCCCUCGCCCUCUGACUGGACCAAGGCCUGUGAGGCCAGCUGGCAGUGGGGGACGCUGACCACCUGGAACAGCCCGGCCGUGGCGGCCAGCGAGCCCAGCCUGCGAGAGCUGGUGCAGGGCCGCCCCGCGGGCGCCGAGAAGCCCUACAUCUGCAACGAGUGCGGCAAGAGCUUCAGCCAGUGGUCCAAGCUGCUGCGGCACCAGCGCAUCCACACGGGCGAGCGGCCCAACACCUGCUCCGAGUGCGGCAAGAGCUUCACGCAGAGCUCGCACCUGGUGCAGCACCAGCGCACGCACACGGGCGAGAAGCCCUACAAGUGCCCGGACUGCGGCAAGUGCUUCAGCUGGAGCUCCAACCUGGUGCAGCACCAGCGCACGCACACGGGCGAGAAGCCCUACAAGUGCACCGAGUGCGAGAAGGCCUUCACGCAGAGCACCAACCUCAUCAAGCACCAGCGCUCGCACACCGGCGAGAAGCCCUACAAGUGCGGCGAGUGCCGGCGCGCCUUCUACCGCAGCUCCGACCUCAUCCAGCACCAGGCCACGCACACGGGCGAGAAGCCCUACAAGUGCCCCGAGUGCGGCAAGCGCUUCGGCCAGAACCACAACCUCCUCAAGCACCAGAAGAUCCACGCGGGCGAGAAGCCGUACCGCUGCACCGAGUGCGGCAAGAGCUUCAUCCAGAGCUCGGAGCUGACGCAGCACCAGCGCACGCACACGGGCGAGAAGCCCUACGAGUGCCUGGAGUGCGGCAAGAGCUUCGGCCACAGCUCCACGCUCAUCAAGCACCAGCGCACGCACCUGCGCGAGGACCCCUUCAAGUGCCCCGUGUGCGGCAAGACCUUCACGCUGAGCGCCACGCUGCUGCGGCACCAGCGCACGCACACGGGCGAGCGGCCCUACAAGUGCCCCGAGUGCGGCAAGAGCUUCAGCGUCAGCUCCAACCUCAUCAACCACCAGCGCAUCCACCGUGGCGAGCGGCCCUACAUCUGCGCCGACUGCGGCAAGAGCUUCAUCAUGAGCUCCACGCUCAUCCGCCACCAGCGCAUCCACACGGGCGAGAAGCCCUACAAGUGCUCCGACUGCGGCAAGAGCUUCAUCCGCAGCUCGCACCUCAUCCAGCACCGCCGCACGCACACGGGCGAGAAGCCCUACAAGUGCCCCGAGUGCGGCAAGAGCUUCAGCCAGAGCUCCAACCUCAUCACGCACGUGCGCACGCACAUGGACGAGAACCUGUUCGUGUGCUCCGACUGCGGCAAGGCCUUCCUGGAGGCGCAUGAGCUGGAGCAGCACCGCGUGGUGCACGAGCGGGGCAAGGCCCCGGCGCGCCGGGCGCAGGCCGAGACCCUGCUGGGGCUCGGGGACCCCGCCCUGCUCGCCCCGCCGCCCGGCGCCAAGCCGCACAAGUGCCUGGUGUGCGGCAAGGGUUUCAACGACGAGGGCAUCUUCCUGCAGCACCAGCGGGUCCACGUAGGGGAAAACCCCUACAAGAAGGCCGACGGCCUCGGCGCCCACCAGGCCCCCAAAACACCUCAGUUACGCUCUCCCCGGCUUCCCUUCGGGGGGAACUCCUAUCCCGGGGCUUCAGAGGGGAGGGCCGAUGCCCCAGGACAGCCGCCGAAAACGCCUGAGGGGCAGGAGAGCUUUAGCCCUCGGCCGGGUCUGCUCUCCUCCUCCAAGUCCUACCUUUGCUCGAACUGCGGAGAGAGCUUUCAGGAUCGGGCUGUGUUCCUCCAGCACCAGCUCUCCCACAGCAACUUUUCCGACUAUAGGACUGGCCUCGGGGAAGGGGCAGGCCCCAGUCCCUUCCUAAGUGGGAAACCCUUUAAAUGCCCCGAAUGCAAAAAGAGCUUCGCGCUCAGCUCCGAGCUCUUGCUGCAUCAGAAAGUGCACGCAGGGGGGAAGGCGCAGAAAAACGCAGAAGGGGGAAAGCGCUCUUCUGUCCUCCUGGAGCACCUCAGGAGCCCGUUGGGUGCCAGGCCCUACAGUUGCGCCGACUGCGGGGCUUCCUUCCCUGAUCGCCUGGCCCUCAAGCGACACCAGGAGACCCACAGGCCGGAAAAGUCCCCCAGCCCCGAGGACCCCACUCCAGAGCCAGCCCCCAGGUCCAGCAGCCCAGAGGACGAGGGCAAGGCCCCUACCUCCACAGGGAGCAGAAGCCAUGGGAAAGGGGAAAAUCCCAAAACCUUGUUGGAAGAAAAGCCCUACCUGUGUCCUGAGUGUGGUGAUAGUUUCUCAGAGGUUGCAGCCCUCCUGCUCCAUAGGAGCUGCCACCCCGGGGUGCCCCUCUGAGAUGGAGCUAGACACCAGGGACCUUUCUUUGGUGAGAACAACACUGGAUCACCUCAGAAAUCAUAUGGAGGAAGGAGAAAAAUCCAAGCAGCUUGUAGGGAAAUGGAGGAUAAAGAACCCUGGGUGGAAAUAGUUUUUUUUUUUUUUUUUACAACAGUGACGAAAACCCAUAUGAAAUUGUUGGUGGGAACCACUUAUAAGGCAGUAGAGAAUAACUCUCGGGUUAGAAACCUCUAUGUAGGAAAAAAAAAAAGUC